UUGAACAUACUCCAUUGCUUGUCAUACAUAGUUUUUCCUGAACGCACACUUCAUUAGAGCGCCAAAUUUUGCCGAUCUGUAAUUUAUUUACGUUUUAGUGUUGUGCUUUGGUAUUUUAAUUAUUUUAGCAGUUAUUUAUUUUAAUAAAACUAAUGGAUUUUGAACUAUUUAAUAUCGAUGAAGAUGAUGAUUUAUUAAGUACCGCUUGUAAAGAAGCAACACGAGGUCAACUAACGGCACCACAGCAGUCACAGACAUUUGAUUGUGUGGUUGAAGAAGCUGUCUUACCUGAACUACAAUGUAGUGGUGAGGAUACUACCCAUGCUAAGUUCGCUAGUGAAGGAUUUGUCAGAAGUGGCUUUAUGCUAACGCGCCCUGAAUAUGCUUGGCGUGAUGCAAGCGCAGGAUUAACACUUACAGAAUUUGAAUUUAGCUUAAAACAGUUGCUUGGACACAAUAAUGUGCAAUAUCUUAUCGGCACAGCAUGUAUGCAUAUUCAACAUCUAUGGGCUAGUGUACGACAACCGCUUAACACAAAUUACACAUAUAACCACUAUCAACGUAGGAAAGAAGUAACACAUAUGUUUUAUUGGAUACUCGUCCACGUAACCGACGAACAGUGGUCGUUUUUGCGUCCUAGCUUGGAAAGCAUUCGUCAUUUAGUUAAUCGCACAACUGAAGCAGAUACCUUGAAGUUAAUAUAUUUCGCCAGUAGUUGUAAAGGCAAUGAUUGCAAUGCUGCCGCCUACCACUUGUUGCACGGUGUACUUGAGUGGAAACUAUUGGAUUUGUGUAUACUUUACAAAUUCGAAUUGUGUGCUCCUAAAGUACUAUUGGAUGACAAUGCAAAGCCUAGCAGCGCCUUCAUAAACCAAUUGACACUACUCUUCGAGGAUUUAAUGACCUGCUCAUUGUAUUUGUAUGGAAAAAAACGGCCGGCUGAGCUGCUAUAUGCUUCGCCUUUUCCGUGUACAUGUAUUAAAGAAUGUUGGUUGUAUGUGCAACUCGCUUUACAGAAGUGGACAUUGACUAGCUUUGCUGUGACCACUGAACAACUUACCUUCUGGCAACUAUUUAACGAAACGAUAACGAAAUUUAAAACCAAAUUGGAUAAGUUUUCUUUAACAAGCUUAUCAUUGGCUGAAUUCACAAAUUGGCUGCUACAUGCGCUAGUGCGACUUUUUGGCUAUCGUUCCAAUGGACAAUAUGUCGGACCAAGUCACGAGCGCGCUUUGGCAGAUACAGCGGAGAAUGUGGAUGCGCUUGAGCAAUGCACACAACAGUUUCUUAUCGGUAAUCCCAGCGAAGAGCAGACGCGCGUAUAUAUUUGCCUACUUAUGCCUACAUUGCUGAAUUGGUGGCGUCCACGCGUCGCCAUACCAGUUUUACUGUGGGAGCAUUUCCACAAACGUCUGAAUACUUCCUUCUAUGCUGCCGGUUCAGCACCAAGCAACUUGGCGGUAGCUUGUGCCAGCGGCAAGGCAUAUGUGGAACGUUAUCGCGCGCUCCUUAAACAAGAAGAACUUACGGCUGAUGCCAAUUUGAGUAGUUACACACUAUUUACCAUUUUGUUAGGCAAAAAUCUAAUGCGCCUAUUAGAAAGCGCAGCGACUCGUCAUCAAGCGCAAAAAUUGCUCGGUCGUAUUUACACUAAAUUCAGUGCACAAAAGUUUCUCGCGCUAAAUGAGAUGGGCAUACAUCAUCUUAUAGAAUUAUUUCUGGCGCUAGCAAUUUGCGGCGAUUUCGAACAGCUUGCACCGAAGCUGAGCGCGAAAUUACUGUCGAUUGCUUUGGAUAAAAUACCAGCUGGACGCCAAAUUGCAGUUGCCAAAGGUCAUAUGGCGCUAUUGAUACUCUACGCUGAGCGACGCUGUGAAAUCGGCGAGUAUGCGACGAAGCUGCUGCAGCAGCUCACUGCUAUCAAUAACGAUUUGAGCGUUUCAAAAGUGUUGGCGGAUGGUUUGUUGGAAAUUUUCAUGCACGCCGAUGAUUUUCGUCGCGGCGAACACUUGCUGAUAGACGCGUGGCUGCCGAAUUAUCUGCAGACCUGCACGCCCGUAGAACAGGAUCGCAGUUUGGAGGCGUUACAUCUGAUAUUCGGCAAAUUACAGCGCAGCGAAGCGCUGAUCGAGUCAAACUCGGAGCUCUUAAAAGCACUCAAUGCGCUUGUACUACCUUUUGUUAAACAACAAUUCGCUUACGGCUACAGUCAAUGGCUGCCACAGCUCGCCGCGGACUUUUCUACGCACGCCUGCACUGUGCCGGAUACACAGACGUUUCAGAAACUAUUCAAUUGCUUCAUUGAAGCGCCAGUUGCAUGUCGGCAGGCGUUGCCGCAAUACCUAAAUAAAGUGUUGCAAACUGAGCGCGCCGCGUUAAUCGAGCCGAAUGUGGUCAUACAUGUGUGGCUGAAAAGUUUAGUACAGUUGACCGCUGUCAACGAGGAUGUGGCACAAUUGACUCGUUAUGUGUCGCAGUUAGCCGAAUUUCGAAUGAUGACCGAUAAUUUGAGCCCCGAAGAGCUGCUGCAAGCAAAAGAACCACUCUGUGUCUUCAUAGCCGCUGUUGGCAAACAUUACGAAGCAUGCGCCGCGCACGAUCAGCGGCGUUUUCGCAUUGCAGACAAUUUGAAUGCGUAUUUGCGUAAUUUCGACAAAUGGCUGCAAGUCGAUCUGAAGCAGGAGAAGACCGAAGUAGCCUUUCGAUUCUACAGUUUCCUUGCCAUAGUUAUAUACAAUUGCGCGCACAUCGUCUACACCAAGUCCAACGUAAACUGUUUCUUCCACGUGGUCAUGACGCGCUUCGUGCUGCCCACCAAUGUGCAGAUGGGCAAAGCGCCGGAUGGCAAAUUGGCGCAAGUGGUGCACAAAAUUUGGCCUGUGCUCGUGCAGGGCAUUGGCAGACUCAAUUUCAAAGCCGAUCCUUAUAUCAGUAAAACGCUCACCGACCUCAUACAGAAGUGGACGCCACAUUUCAAAAUUUCACCGAACGCGAAAAUGGUCGCACGCCCCUUUGUCAGCUGUCUGCAAAGCGACAACGCUGAGUUGUCUUUAUUUGUCUUCGAGAAGCUCACUAGCCUGUUCUUAGCCACACAGCGUCGUCAAGCAGAUCCAAAUGCCUGUUUGGUGGUGACUAUUUUCCAAGAAGUAAUUGAAUCUAUAGACGCCAAUAACACCAAUGACGACACACUAACGAAGCGUUUGGAAACCUUCAUGAAAGCCACAUCGCUGCUUAUGCUGGAACACAUUAUGAUGGUGGACGAAGUGGUGCCCAGUCGCGGGCUCUUGCUGGAUCUGUUUAAACGAAUUGUCAACAGUGCAACAUAUAAGCGCGCAGCCGGUUUGCAAGAAUUACUUGCUGAGCACUUGCGGCUACUUACCAAGAAGCAUCUUGCCUACUACACGUUCUUCUUUUUCGAACUGUUGCAACGUUUGGCGCAAUUCACACCGGAUACGAUUCUGCAAAUCAUGGAUUUUUUGCUGGCCGAGAUGCGUGUUGUGGAGCAGAAACGGGGUGCCGGCGAGGAUAAUCGCAUGAGAGGCUGCUUGCAAAAGCUACAACAGACUUUAAAAGGUGCUAGAUGAGCGGGUCAUCAUAUGAAAGCUCACGAA